UUGAAGCCCCGGCCUGUCGUGAGGAGCCAGGCCGCCGACCUCGCGCCUUGGUCGGUCACUCGACAGUAUGGCGACUCGGAGUGCUGGGACCCUUUUAACACAGAACAAUGCGGUCUACGUGCACCCUGGACUCAUGCCUGGGUAUCGCGGGCAUGUUCCCAACAUCGCUUUCUCCUUUGGCGACACCUAUGGAAACACCACCAUGAAAUAUUUCCAAGAUUUACGGAGUAAGGCAUUGGACGCCAGCGGCAGCCCCUACAGCAAAGGGGGACAGUUCCCCACUCUCUUCUCCCGGGACCCAGGCCUGGUGCUGAGUGCGAGGACCAGGGGCUGGGAAAGGUGGCUGCACACUCCCAGUUAUUCCCGCUUCAAUCUGGAUUGCAAUCGCACACAGGAACUAAAGGAGUUCUACAAGCUCUCCCAGAUGCAUCGCGCACAUUAUCGGGACAAGACAGGGACAGUGCACCAGGUCCCCUACUUCAUUCUCCCCGUGAAGGAGAAGGACAAGUACCCACACCCUCUUGAUCUCCCACCUCUGGAUGCCAAAACACUGUGGCAUCUCCAUCGGGUGUCUCCAGAGAACCUGCGGACAUAUCAGACUUUCCCCUCGGGGAAGAGAGUGACCUCGCAAGAGAGAGAAGUCCGAGACAGCUAUUUCGAGUACCGGGCCUAAAGGAACGUCGCAACCGGCACCGCUAUCACUAUUGACCGCAGCAGGAAAGCCAGGACUGGGAAUAAUGAAGACUGAGGAAGAGGAGAUCAUAAAAUUCUGCUUUCCCAGAAAUAUUUGGCCUAAUCAAUAUUCCAUAGAAAUUGAGAUUGUCAGCCUCAUCUCAGACCAGUGCUCAGACCAACCGGGUUUUGCUCUCUUGUCCUUUUGCUGCAGUCAUCAGGAAAAUCCCAUUUGUCCUGGCUGAGUACUGGCAAGCCAUAGCAAGUUAUUUCAGCAGCCAGGAGCACUGAACUGGCAAGGAUUUCAGGACUGAUGGUUUCUUGCUCAGUCUUGCUCCUUAUUAAGAUAGGUUCAUGUAUGUCACAACUGUAUUUGAAGGUUUUUUGUGGGAUUUUCGGGCUAUGUGGCCAUAUUUUAGAAUUUAUUCCUGAUGUUUCACCAAAAACCCUUAAAGUUAGCAAAG